AAUAGCUAGCUAGUGAUUGAUCGUCAUACAAAUUCGCUUUUAUCCCAUCAAACUCUCACAGCAUGAUUCUAGCUUUGUUCUGUAUAUUUAGUUUUGUUUCUGUUAGUAAAUCUGUUCAUUCUCUCGAGGGGACAACUUUCAUUUUCGGAGAUUCUCUUGUCGAUGCCGGAAACAACAACUACUUUUCGACGUUAUCCAAAGCUGAUACCCGACCAAACGGAAUCGAUUUUAAGGCUUCAGGAGGGAAACCCACUGGACGGUUCACCAACGGCAGGACCAUUGCAGACAUUGUAGCGGAAGAACUAGGACAAUCAGGCUAUGCCGUUCCGUUUUUGGCCCCAAAUACCACUGGCAACGCUUUACUGAAUGGAGUAAAUUAUGCAUCAGGAGGAGGAGGGAUACUGAAUGAAACCGGGAAGAUAUUUGUUAAUAGGCUUUCAAUGGAUAUCCAGAUUGAUUAUUUCAAUAUUACUCGGAAGCAGUUGAAUGAAUUGUUGGGUUCAUCAACUGCAAGAGAGUUUAUAACCAGAAAAUCCAUUUUCUCCAUCACAGUUGGAGCAAAUGAUUUUCUCAACAAUUAUUUUGUACCGGUUGUCUCAAUCGGUCAAAGAGUUUCUGAAAAUCCAGAUGUUUUCGUCGACCAUCUCAUUACUACUCUAAAGGGUCAGCUUACUAGACUUUACAAUCUUGAUGCUCGAAAGUUCCUAAUCGCUAAUGUAGGACCGAUUGGUUGCAUUCCAUAUCAAAAGUCACUAAACAAACUUAAAGAAGACCAGUGUGUGGAAUUUCCUAAUAAGCUAGCGCUUCAUUAUAACGCACGAUUGAAAGAUCUUCUGACAGAACUGAAUGAAAACCUGCCAGAUGCGAAAUUCGUCUUUGCAAACGUUUACGAUCUAGUAUCAGAAAUCAUCACAAAUUACAAAAAACUCGGAUUCAAAUCAGCAAGUAAAGCUUGUUGUGGAAAUGGAGGGAAAUUACAAGGAAUACUUCCAUGUGGCCCAACAUCUAGUAUGUGUGCAGAUCGAUCCAAAUACGUAUUUUGGGACAAUUAUCAUCCAAGUGAAGCUGCAAAUUUGAUAAUUGCUAAACAACUGAUUGAUGGUGAUACUCGUGUAAUAUCACCUAUAAAUCUAAGGCAACUAAAAGAUCUCUAGAGAUAAACAUUUGAUACUUCAUGAUUUUCUUGAAUUUUUUGAAAAUAUACAGUGAAAGUGUAAUCUUUAGUAUGUGUGUUUUCUUAUUCU